AAAAACAUAAAUAGUUACAAAAUCAUGAUAAUUUUCAAUCGGAUUUAAAAUUUCGAGUUCGAGUCACGUCGGUUUAAAGAUCCCCACCAUUUGCCAAUUUUAGUAGAUCUUUAACUAAACUCCUCGUUUCACAAGUCUUCUACAAAACCCACAUCUACGCAAAAUCAGUAGCGGGAACCUUAACAGACUAAUCCUGUUAUAAAUUUAAAGCAACACAAAACAUAAACAACUAUACUUAUUAUACAAACCGAUAUUCGCGGGAAAUUAACGUCAUAAAAAUUCAAUGCGCUCUCUUUCUUCAACAUUGAUUUUACCACUUCACAAAUCUCAUUCUGAAACCCCUCUAUUUUCAUCACUUGGAUUUUCACUGCAAUUACAAUCUAUUAAACAUGUCAAUUUCUGUAGAAAUCAAUCCCUACUUUUCCAAAAAAAUCCGCCAAAUUUUCGUUUACAUGAUAAAAUUUCGCCAAAUUCAGCUGAUGAAUUGAAUUUGAACGAUACCCAAUAUAACCCAGUUGCUGAAGUUUCGGAACCCGGUUCGCUAGGUCCAUGGGUUGAAUUUGAUCCAAUUUGGGUAGUUUCUGUGCUUCAAUCACGGUCUAGAUUGAAAGAAGUUAAAAUGAUGCAUGCUUUGAUAUUGAAGUGUUUGGAGGAUUCAAUUGUGUUUGUUAAUAACAAUUUGAUCAAUGUGUACUUAAGUUUCGGGAAGUUAGCGGAGGCUCGUAAGGUGUUCGAUGGAAUGCCUGAGAGAAGAAAUGUUGUUUCUUGGACUACAAUGAUUAAUGGGUAUCUGAAAUAUGGUUUGGAAGAGGAGGCUCUUUGUCUUUGUGGUGAGUAUUUGAAAUCGGAGAUUCAAGCGAAUGGGACAAUGUUUGUGUGUUUGUUGAGAUUGUGUGGGAAGAGGUUGAAUUAUGAGCUAGGCAAGCAGGUUCAUGCUUGUAUCAUCAAAGGUAGAUGGAGCAAUGUGAUAGUGGAUAGUGCCAUUGUGUACUUCUAUGCACAAUGUAGCGACUUUUCGAGUGCUUUUCGUGUCUUUGAUGGGAUGAAGAAGCGGGAUGUAGUUACAUGGACGACAAUGAUCACUGCUUGCUCUCAACAAGGCUAUGGUGAGAAGGCAUUGUCAUUGUUCUCUCAAAUGCUAAUUGGCAAAUAUUUUCCAAAUGAACACACUAUAUGUAGUGUUCUGACGGCAUGUGGAGAAGAGAAAGCAUUGAGAUUCGGGAGACAAUUGCAUGGUAUUGCAGUUAAGAAGUUGAUAAGAAACGAUGUUUAUAUUGGCACUUCUCUCGUGGAUAUGUAUGCGAGAUGUGGUGAAAUCGAGGAUUCUAGAAAAGUAUUCAAUAGGAUGAAAAGGCGAAAUAUGGUUACAUGGACUUCAAUCAUUGCUGGGUAUGCUAGAAACGGGAUUGGAUAUGAGGCGCUGAACCUUUUCCGGGUGAUGAAAAGGCGGAAAAUAGUAACAAAUAAUUUGACAAUUGUAAGCAUACUCCAAGCUUGUGGUUCUUUUGGUUAUCUGGUAACAGGGAAGGAAAUACACGCACAAGUGCUCAAGAACUCAGCACAAAAUAACAUUUACAUAGGAACUACUCUUGUGUGGCUUUACUGCAAAUGUGGUGAAUAUGGUCUUGCUUCAAAGGUUCUCCAACGCAUGCCCCUUCGAGAUGUUGUCUCGUGGACAGCUAUAAUCUCUGGUUGUACCCAGCUAGGAUACGAGUUUGAAGCUUUCGAAUUUUUAAAUGAAAUGCUCAAUGAAGGCGUAGAGCCAAACCCAUUUACAUUUUCCUCAGUCUUGAAAGCUUGUGCAAGCCUUGAAGCUCUCAAGCAUGGAAAAGUAGUACACUCAUCACUUAAAAAAUCUCCUGCAAUCUCAAAUAAUGUCGUUGUGGGGAGUGCUCUCAUAAAUAUGUAUGUAAAAUGUGGAUGUGUUUCAGAUGCUUUUCAAGUUUUCAAUAGUAUGAAAGAAAAGAACUUGGUUUCUUGGAGAUCUAUGAUUGUAGGAUAUGCGACAAAUGGAUACUGCCGUGAAGCUCUGAAGCUCAUGUACCAGAUGCAAGCGGAAGGUCUUCAAGUGGACGAAUACAUUGUCUCAACUGUUCUAAGUGCAUGUGGGGAUGUAGAAUGGAACACAGAUACUCCUCCCGAACAUCUUUUGCAACUAAGUUGAUCACUGUUGCUCUGACUUGGUAUUCAUGUCUGACACAGGUACGUGCCCAAGAGUUAACUCGGCUAUUUUAUGAGUAAUUCCAUGAUUUUUACACAAAAUAGAGUGUCGGAGUUUCCAUCCAUGUAGGGGUGCCAAUGAUCUAACACGCUUAUUUAAGGUGAACCUCAUUGUUUGAGUGACAUAUAAGUUGAUCACUAAAGAGUAUGGAACUGUACAUAAAGUUUUGGAUGGCUAGUGGUAUCAUGUAAAUCAUAAACAAAGAAAUUGCAAAAAUGGCUGAAUCCAAAGAUA